AUAUCGAUGAAUGCUCCUUCCAGAACAUAUGUGUAUUUGGUACCUGUAAUAAUCUACCAGGAAUGUUUCAUUGUAUCUGUGAUGAUGGCUAUGAACUAGAUCGAACCGGGGGAAACUGUACAGAUAUUGAUGAAUGUGCCGAUCCCAUUAAUUGUGUUAAUGGUCUUUGUGUAAAUACUCCUGGAAGAUAUGAGUGUAAUUGCCCUCCAGACUUCCAGCUGAAUCCUACUGGGGUGGGCUGUGUGGAUAACCGUGUUGGCAAUUGCUACCUGAAGUAUGGACCACGAGGGGAUGGGAGCCUAUCCUGCAACACUGAAAUUGGGGUUGGAGUCAGUCGUUCCUCGUGCUGCUGCUCUCUGGGAAAGGCUUGGGGAAACCCCUGUGAGACGUGUCCCCCUGUAAACAGCACGGAAUAUAAUACUCUCUGUCCAGGGGGAGAAGGAUUCAGACCAAAUCCCAUCACUAUUAUUUUAGAAGACAUUGAUGAAUGUCAGGAACUGCCAGGUCUCUGCCAAGGUGGAAAUUGCAUCAAUACUUUUGGCAGCUUCCAGUGUGAAUGUCCAAAAGGCUACUACCUCAGUGAAGAGACAAGAAUUUGUGAAGAUAUUGACGAGUGUGUUGCACAUCCUGGUGUCUGUGGUCCUGGCACCUGCUACAAUACCUUGGGGAACUACACCUGCAUUUGCCCACCUGAAUAUAUGCAAGUGAACGGAGGACAUAACUGCAUGGAUAUGAGAAAAAGCUUUUGCUACAGAAGCUAUAAUGGAACCUCCUGUGAGAAUGAACUGCCCUUCAAUGUAACCAAAAGGAUGUGUUGCUGCACAUACAAUGUUGGGAAAGCAUGGAACAAACCUUGUGAACCAUGUCCAACUCCAGGAACAGCUGAAUUCAAGAACAUAUGUGGGAAUAUUCCUGGUUUCACUUUUGACAUUCAUACUGGAAAAGCUGUUGACAUUGAUGAAUGUAAGGAAAUCCCAGGAAUCUGCGCAAAUGGUGUUUGCAUCAAUCAGAUUGGUAGCUUCCGCUGUGAAUGCCCCACUGGAUUCAGCUACAAUGACCUGCUCUUGGUCUGUGAAGAUAUUGACGAGUGCAGCAAUGGAGACAAUCUCUGUCAGAGAAAUGCAGACUGUAUCAACAGUCCUGGUAGUUACCGCUGUGAAUGUGCUGCUGGUUUUAAACUUUCACCCAACGGUGCCUGUGUUGAUCGCAAUGAAUGUCUGGAAAUUCCUAAUGUUUGCAGUCAUGGUUUAUGUGUGGACAUGCAAGGAAGUUACCAGUGCGUAUGUCACAAUGGUUUUAAGGCAUCCCAAGACCAGACUAUGUGCAUGGAUGUUGAUGAAUGUGAACACCAUCCAUGUGGAAACGGAACUUGUAAAAACACGGUUGGGUCAUAUAACUGCCUAUGUUAUCCGGGAUUUGAAUUAACUCAUAAUAAUGAUUGUAUGGAUAUCGAUGAGUGCAGUUCCUUCUUUGGUCAGGUGUGCAGAAACGGACGGUGUUUCAAUGAAAUUGGUUCCUUCAAAUGUUUAUGCAAUGAAGGAUAUGAACUUACUCUAGAUGGCAAGAAUUGCAUUGAUACUAACGAGUGUGUGGCACUACCCGGUUCAUGCUCUCCUGGUACCUGUCAAAAUUUGGAAGGAUCAUUCAGAUGCAUCUGUCCACCAGGAUAUGAAGUAAAAAGUGAAAGUUGUAUUGAUAUUAAUGAGUGUAAUGAGGAUCCCAACAUCUGUCUCUUUGGCUCUUGUACGAACACUCCAGGAGGUUUCCAGUGCAUCUGUCCUACAGGUUUUGUGCUGUCUGAUAAUGGACGGAGAUGUUUUGAUACUCGACAGAGCUUCUGUUUCACUAACUUUGAGAAUGGGAAAUGCUCGGUGCCAAAGGCUUUCAACACCACAAAGGCAAAGUGUUGCUGCAGUAAAAUGCCAGGAGAAGGAUGGGGUGAUCCUUGUGAACUCUGUCCAAAGGAAGAAGAAGUUGCUUUUCAGGACCUGUGUCCAUAUGGUCAUGGAACUAUUCCUGGAAUUGAUGAUACACGUGAAGAUGUCAAUGAAUGCCUUGAAAGCCCAGGGAUUUGCUCAAAUGGUCACUGCAUCAAUACUGAUGGAUCAUUCCGCUGUGAAUGCCCCAUGGGAUACAACUUAGAUUACACUGGAGUACAUUGCAUCGAUACUGAUGAAUGUUCAAUUGGCAACCCAUGUGGAAACGGUACAUGCACUAACGUGGUCGGCAGUUUUGAGUGCAGUUGUCAUGAAGGAUUUGAGCCAGGCCCAAUGAUGAAUUGUGAAGAUAUAAACGAGUGUGCUCAGAAUCCCUUGCUGUGUGCUUUUCGUUGUAUCAACACUUACGGUUUCUAUGAAUGCACAUGUCCAGUCGGCUAUGAACUAAGAGAAGACCAAAAGAUGUGCAAAGAUCUAGAUGAGUGUGCUGAAAGUCUCCAUGACUGCGAAUCAAGAGGCAUGAUGUGCAAAAAUUUGAUUGGCACCUUCAUGUGCAUUUGUCCUCCUGGAAUGACCCGGAGACCUGAUGGAGAGGGCUGCACAGAUGAAAAUGAAUGCCGUACCAAGCCAGGUAUCUGUGAAAAUGGUCGUUGCGUGAACGUUAUUGGGAGCUACCGAUGUGAAUGUAAUGAAGGAUUCCUGUCAAGUCCAUCAGGCAUUGAGUGUCUUGAUAAUCGCCAAGGGUUUUGCUUUGCUGAAGUUUUACAGACAAUGUGUCAGAUGGCUUCAAGCAGCCGGAAUCUUGUCACUAAAUCUGAGUGCUGCUGUGAUGGAGGCCGGGGCUGGGGUAACCAGUGUGAGCUCUGUCCGCUUCCCGGAACCGCCCAAUAUAAGAAACUCUGUCCACACGGACCAGGCUAUACUACAGAUGGAAGAGAUAUUGAUGAAUGUAAGGUCAUGCCAAACCUAUGUAGAAAUGGACAGUGUAUUAACACUAUGGGCUCCUUCCGAUGCUUUUGCAAAGUUGGCUAUACCACUGACAUAAGCGGCACAUCUUGUAUUGAUCUUGAUGAGUGCUCCCAGUCUCCUAAACCAUGCAAUUUUAUCUGCAAGAACUCGGAAGGGAGCUAUCAGUGCUCAUGUCCUCGGGGCUACAUUCUUCAAGAAGAUGGAAAGACAUGUAAAGAUCUUGAUGAAUGUCAAACCAAACAACACAAUUGUCAGUUUCUCUGUGUCAACACCCUUGGAGGCUUCACAUGCAAAUGUCCACCGGGUUUUACACAACAUCACACAGCUUGUAUUGAUAACAAUGAAUGUGGUUCUCAGCCAUCGCUUUGUGGAUCAAAAGGAAUUUGCCAAAACACCCCUGGAAGUUUUACCUGUGAAUGUCAAAGGGGAUUUUCUCUGGAUUCUACUGGAUUAAACUGUGAAGAUGUGGAUGAAUGUGAUGGAAACCAUAGGUGCCAGCAUGGCUGUCAAAACAUCCUGGGUGGAUACAGAUGUGGAUGCCCACAAGGAUAUAUUCAGCAUUACCAGUGGAAUCAAUGUGUUGAUGAAAACGAAUGCUCCAAUCCUAACGCAUGUGGCUCUGCUUCUUGCUACAACACACUUGGAAGUUACAAGUGUGCCUGCCCAUCUGGAUUUUCUUAUGACCAAUUCUCCAGUGCAUGCCAUGAUGUGAAUGAGUGUUCUUCUACCAAGAACCCCUGCAAUUAUGGUUGUUCCAAUACUGAAGGUGGUUAUCUUUGUGGCUGUCCACCUGGCUAUUACAGAGUUGGACAAGGCCACUGUGUCUCAGGGAUGGGAUUUAACAAAGGCCAGUACCUGCCACUGGAUGGAGAUGCUGAUGAAGAGAAUGCUUUGUCCCCUGAAGCAUGUUAUGAGUGCAAAAUCAAUGGCUAUUCCAAAAAAGACAACAGGAGGAAGAGAAGUGCUAAUGACACUAUGGAGAAGAUUAGCUUGGAAAGUCUAGACAUGGAUAGUCCUUUGAAGAUGAGAGUCAACACUUCCAGGCUUGACAACAAGGAGCAUAUCCUAGAACUCAUGCCAGCCAUUGAGCCCCUUACCAACCAUGUGCGCUACAUCAUCUCACAUGGCAAUGAUGAUGGCAUCUUUCAAAUCCAUCAGAGGGAUGGACUGAGUUAUUUGCACACAGUUAAGAAAAAGUCAGUGCCUGGAACUCACACACUGGAAAUCACUAGCAUUCCUCUGUAUAAGAAAAAGGAGCUACAGAAACUGGAAGACAGCAAUGAGGACAACUACCUCCUAGGAGAGCUUGGGGAAGCUCUCAGAAUGAGGCUGUGGAUAGACCUCUACUAGCCAUCUUCCAGACUGAGUCCAGUUCUUCAGUCACUUCUGUUCACCUAUCUACCCACCUGAGCAUAUCGGCUUUUCAGAGGCUUUGAAACGGUCGCUGACUUCUGUGGGAGGAAGGGAGAGGGGAAGACCUCUUUCUUUCCAACCUGCCAAGACUGCAGAACCACCCUUGCAGGAGGGUAACUUAAACUCUGCCACCGCGAAAAGUUUGAUUACAAGGGCGAUCAUGGUUACUGUAUCUUUUAUAUAACCUCAAUUUAAAGUAUAUUAAAAAGCUAAAGUUCAAGGAGUCAUCAUAUGGCACUAAAUGGCACAAAAAUGUGAGCUAUUUUUUUCCUGUUAGCAGUCUGUAACACUUUGGGUAUUUUGCUAUAGUUCCUAAUUAAAAAAAAAUAUAGAAGUUUAUUUAUUUUUAAUGCAGUAAUAUAUGGAGAAAAUAACAAAUUAUGUAAACAAAAAGGGAAACUUGCUUGUUUUUCUUUAGAUUUAUAAAUUUGAGCUAUAACAUUUUAGAGGUACUUUCUUAAUUAAAAAAAAAGAGAUUUGAAAGAUGUUUCCUUUUGUAUUUGGGCCAGUCAUCCAAAUAGUAUAUAAGUAAUUUUAAAAUGUAUCAGAGCUGAAAGAGCACUGUAGCACAUCUUCUGGAUAUUCUAAAGUGCUCUUGCAAAACUUUGAGUAUUCAAAAAAAAGAAAAAAAAAAGAGUCUUAAAGGACAAGAAUUACACUAUCAGUCUCUGCAGAGAUCAUAUUUCACAGCAGCUCAAUAGGAUUGUAUUCUGAAUCACCCACAUCAAAUAAUGGAAGAAAAGGCACAACCACUGUAGCAAAAUACCUUGACUGCUUUUAAUACCAUUAGAAUUGCAGAACCAAACUGUACUGUACUUCCUUCCAAAACCUCAAGGAACCACACAUUCAACCACACCUCAUUCUCAGAAAGGGUGCUCUACAAACUUGCGUUACUGUAGGCAGCUGAAGAAAAUGUCUCUCUGAAGGGAACAUCUCUGAAGUAUGAUGUUUCAUACUGUUUGGUGCUGGCUUGAAUUAAUGGUGCAUUUACUAAGAACUGAGAGCUGUAUCAGGACUGCCAUAUGUGCAAACUAAUUAUGCAGCGCAGACAAGGAAAAUGCGUAUUUGAAAUCCAUUUGUUAGAAGUUUCAUUAAUACUGUAGUUAUACACCGUACGCCUCAUUUUAUCAUAGCUUAUUUUGUAAGAAAGAUGUUUGUACAAUGAGUUGACAUUUAGUUUACUGUAGUAUUUUUUUUUUAAAUGUCGUACCAUUAUGUGUUAAGUGUAUGUCUCAAUGGUGCUUUUUUUGAC